CAAUUAGUGAAUGCUAAUAAAACUUCCCUCUUGGGGCGAUUCUCUUAUCUACAUGAGACCCACCCCGUUAGGUAGACCGGAACAUUUUUCCAAUGGUAAACGACCUGAGUGAACUAUCUUCAUUUUAUCCACCACCUUUGACUGUGGAAUGUUGGUUUUUUGCUUCGCGUGUGGAUAAGCGAGUGAUUGUAGCAGUCGCGCUAACGAGGAGGAUAUAUUUUUUAAAGCUAGCUAACCAGUGGACACAUGAUAAGGGAAAUGACGCAAAUAUGUACCAACUGCCCGUUUCUCUUAACCAACAAAUAUAUAUUCACUGUGUCUUUCAAAAGAAGAAAGACCAUAAUCAUCUGAAAAACAAUAUUGUUAGCCAACUGUGGUAAGCUAGCAACCCGCGGUGGGGAAAAAGGAAAAAGCAUAGAUUCUUUAGCGAACGUAUACAGAACUGCUCAACACUGAAGAGAAGAGGCAAAUCUGGGCAGCAUUGAUUUAGAAUAGUUUACAAACAAUUUAAUAUAGCUAUCACGAUAUCUUACCAACUUUUUUUAGCUUGCUAUCUAGCCACACUCUGUCCCAAUUCUGAUAGAUAGCGUUGGCUGUUUUAUUUUUAUGUGGCCUAAGAUAGCAUGCUAAUCGAGCGUUCCUGUUUGUAAGCUGAAGUACAAGUAGCCCGUUUCUGUUCGUAACGUUAGUGGGGAUCUUUCUUGAUGCGAUUGCUACAAAAACUGUCAGCGAUUUGGUUUAAUCCAACACAUUAUAAUGUGUUUAUAAGUGUUAUCUCGAAAUUACACGUUUGUCUUGUUUUGGAAGCAUAACCUUAAGUAAGCUAGCUAACGUUAAAUUGGUUAAGGUAGCAAUGGUUCGCAGAUAGCCAAAUAGCUAUAGCUAGUUAACUAGAUGAUUUAUAAGAUAAACUGACAAGUUUUUCUGUUGACAAAUCAGCUAGAUAAGUAACGUUAGUUUUCUAAUUUAUGUCUGCUGGUGAAGUGCAUUGGUUGGCAAAUAACGUCUGAAGGAAAUUGUGAUGGCUAGCAAGAAUAACAUGUAGACAACUGCUAACUAGCAUGACCUAGCCAGCCAGCUAACUGUAGAAAACAUUAACGUUACGUUAGAUUGUCUAUCAAUCACUAACUAGGUGACAGGAUAGUUGAAGUAGGGUUGGCCUUGAAACUAUACAGAGGGAUUCAUGAAAAAUAGGAUUCCUAUCUAACUUAGCUGGUUUAUAAACAGGUUAAUAGACCUAACUAAUUGGUAACUAGCUUUCUGCAUUGGCAUAUUCAGACAGAUGUUAGUUGCUAGUAUACAUAUCUAUUGAGUAUUUUUGCAGAUGUUUAUUUUGAAAAUCUAUCAGGAUGCAUAAAGAUUCAGAUCUCAUGAGGUUAAGCACUCCCAAUACAUAUCUGAAAAAUUUACACUUGGCCACUGAAGUUGGAACAGUCCAACACAGUUACAGCUCCAAGUGAGUAGGAGAAGAGGAGCAUUAUUAAGAUUCUCUGUGACAUUAGACGGGUGUACUACAGUGUCUUGCUUUAAAUUAUGUUAUCAGAAACCACUUUAAAUGUACUGAAGUGCAACUUGAAAUGUGUGAAGAAACCAACCAAAUCAGUUGUGAUUUUUCUUCCAAAUGAAUGUUGUUAUUUAGUCAGUGGGUCACCACCAGUGUGCCAAAAUGUCAAUCUCCAGAUAACAAAGCAGGGUUUACUUUUUUGCAAGAACUGCAACGCAAAGCAGCACAUCCCUGAAAAAGAGCAUGCACGGACUCCCUUGAGAUACAUUAAGGAUUAUAAAGCAGAAAGUGAAGAGAACUGUGUUAUUAACUUGUUAUCCUCAAUGGAAGUGCCCUUGUAGACACGUAACAGGGUGGCUACAACUGUGCCAUUAGGAGCUCCAGCCUUAGAGGAAGCAUUGCAACCCUUGGGUUGGCUGCUCUUAAGGGGACGAUGGGUUCCCAAGCUCUUCAGAUACUGCGGCAGGGGGUGUGGGCUUCAAUCACAGGAGGCUGGUAUGUGGACCCCCACCAGAGCACAUUCUCCAACUGCUUCCACCUGUACCUCUGGAUCUUUCUCCUGGCCUUCCCUUUCCUGCUAUACAUGUCUCUCCCCCCCAGCCUGGUUGUGGCAGCUGUUUACUGUGCUGUGGUGGCAGUCUUCUUCACAGCCAUAAAGGCAGUGAACUUCCACCUCCAUGCCAUGUUCGACUUGGGGGAGAUGGUGGAGAAGAGGCAGGUCUCGCACAUAACCAACGCCCCACGGCUAGAAGAGGGGGAUGAUGGGUCAGGAGGCCAUGAUGGGAACCAGCAUAGGGACAGCAAUGUUGGUGUGGAGAUGACUGUUUUCAGAAAGGUCAACUCAACGCCUCCAGUUCGCUGCAGCUCCCAGCACUCUCUGUUUGGACUCAACCAGGUGUCGGAGUUUUUGCCCCAGCUUGAUGACAGUAGAGGCUCCAAGGAUAUGAAGGAUCUGAUGCGAGAGCAAUGCAGCAACAACUUGAUUGUCACGUCAGCUCGCCGGGAGAUCUUCUGCCACGGCUCCCAGGACCCCAUCCAUGUUGCCAACAUGGUCCCGUCCUGCUUGGCUGCUGCUGUAGGGGGAGAGUUCCCUGAUCUAAGGGGAGUGGGAACAGGGAUAGCAGGGGGAUUUGGUAGCUUCCAACCUGGGAUGUGCAUCUCCAUCCCCCCGUCCCCCUCCAGUCAGGAAGACGGAGGAGAGAAGGGCCAAUUGGAGGAGAUUAAGGGCAUGCUGGAGCAGCUGUCCCAGCAGAGUCCUGAGGAGCCCUACUCCCCCUUGGGCCCCUCUGCUGAGUCAGAGAGCCUGGGGGAUGCUCCCAUCAGCCCUCUCAUAAAGAGCAGUCUGAGGGAGGAGCUAAGUGAGAACCUGCUUGGGCUGGGCCUUGACCCUGUGGCCUUCGCCCCGGGAACAGAGCACCCAGGCAGCCACAGUGGGGUGGCCAUGACUGCCGGCUCCACAGACAGCUGCUUCAGCGGGGGUGGAGUGACCACAGACCGUGAGACCCUCAGCACAGUCAGCAGCUACCGCAGUGAGAAGACUGACUCCACCCAGCUGGAGAGCCCUUCACUCAGCCUGCCACAUAACAUAGACUCCGUGGCGCCAACCUCUGCCUCAGCCCCGGGCACCAGUACCCUAGAGCCAGCAGAGGAGCCUGUACUGCAGGGGGGCAGUGAUACUGAUGAUCUGUCGGACAGCGAACUACUGCGCUCCCCCUCCAAAGAGCUCUCUCUGGACCAGGGGCUUGAUAAGACAAUAGUGGAAGGGGAAGAUUUGCCACCUGUCCCCUCAGAUAUUACACAGCCCCCCUCCCUUCAGGACUUGUCUCCCUCCAGUAGUGGGCACUCGGAGGCAUGUGAUCUGGACAGGACGGUCCCCGUUCCCCCCCUCCCCCCUCCACGGCAGGUUAACCUGUUGCCGUCAGGGCUGGCCCUGGGUCUAGUGUCUUCUGAACCUGAUCAUCCUGUCUCCUCUAUCCUCUUCCUGCCCUCUGAGCAGCCCUUUCUGCAGGCCCAGCAGGUGGUGCGCCCCAAAGACUUGAAGCUGCUGCGGACCGGUGGUGGUUGUGUUGGCCACCAGCCUGGCUGCAGGAAAGCCCCUCGCAAGCGAUGUGGAGGGGGAAGCAGCAGCUUUGACUGUGGCUCCUACAGGAGGCACCACGGACAGCACAGAGACUACAUCCCAGUGCGCAGUCGGCUGGGGGCUAAGACCUACAGCGAGAGCCUGUUUGAGGACUCCAGUGACGAGGAUGAUGGCUCCAGUGUGGGCUCCCAGAGACACUACAGCUCUGACGAUGAUGAUUCCAGCUCCUCUACCUCAUGCUACUCCCCCGACCUCGCUAACGCUGGCGUUACAAACCCGCCCCCCUCCACCCAGCUGCCCAUCCCCAGGGAAAGAACGUUGUCCGAGACGUCUGGCCCCAUCCUCUCCCAGAGGCCACAGAGGUCAGCCAGCACGGCUAGUGCUAAGACUCAUGCCAGGGUGGUCAGUAUGGACGAGGCCGGUGGGGGCCACACUAACACUGUGGUCCUGCCCUCCACCAUGCUGACCACCUCCACCACCGCCCCACGACCCCUCACCAUCUCCAAGUCAGACCUGGAGGCCCGGACCAGCCACACAGACGCCUUCCCUGGAACUCACCACCAUCGCCUGGACUCUCUGGGAGGCUCCUGGGCUGGCAACCAGACUGGCUGGAGGGCCGGGGAACUGGUGGAGGAGGGAGCUGUGGGGGGAGCCCUGGCCCCAGAGGAGGGGGGCAAGCAGGACUCAGCCCUGGCCCCAGAGGAGGGGGGCAAGCAGGACUCAGCCCUGGCCCCAGAGGAGGGGGGCAAGCAGGACUCAGUGAGCAGUGUGAAGAGGACCCAGGCCAUCCGUAGGCGACACAACGCGGGGAGCAACCCCACACCACCCCCCUCUACCAUGGGCUCUCCACCCAGUCUCCAGGACCUCCAGCGUGCCCGUACCUCCUCACACUCACGGACCCGGACCCUGCCAUCUGCCUUACAGUUCGCCACCUCACUACUGCUGCCCCGCGCUGGGGUCCAUGAGGCCUCUACCUUCGACGACACCACAGAGGGGGCUGUGCACUACUUCUAUGACGAGGGUGGAGUGAAGAGAUCGUACACGUUUGGACCUGCAGGAGGCGGUUAUGAGGACCCAGUGGUGGAGCGGGAAAGACAGUCCCAGUCCUCCAGCUUCACCUCCAAUGAUGUCCAGGAUGGUGCACCGGUGCUCACAGUGCUCCAGACCAGGCCUGUGGUUCUGCAGGGCAUGCAGGUGCUCCAGACCAGGCCUGUGGUUCUGCAGGGCAUGCAGGUGCUCAGGGUGCCCCUGGAGAUGUCAGAUAUGCCAGAGUUUGACCUGGACCAUGAAUCUCUGCAGGAGUCCCAGGAGAACACGCUGAUGAUCGAAGAGAAGGCCAAGCCCAAACACUACUACCGCUUCUGGGUGCUGCCAGGCAAGUGGCUGAGGGUGCGUUAUGACCGUCUGGCCCUGCUGGCACUACUGGACAGGAACCGUGGUGUAGGGGAGAAUGUGUUUGCGGUGGUGCUGGCCAGCAUGGUGGCCUUCCUGGGGUUCCUGCUCCUCUUGCAGGGUUUCUUCAGGGACAUUUGGGUGUUUCAGUUCUGCCUGGUCAUCGCCAGCUGUCAGUACUCACUACUAAAGAGUGUUCAACCAGAUGCAGCCUCCCCAAUGCAUGGCCAUAACUGGGUCAUCGUGUACAGUCGGCCCGUCUACUUCUGCCUGUGCUGUGCUCACGUCUGGGUGUUCGACCUUGCUGGGCGCUCGGGCCACCUGCAGCCCUUCUCCCUCUACGGCGUCACCUUCUUCUCCGCUCACUUCCUGCUCUGUGCCAGGGACGUGCUCAUAGUAUUCACCUUGUGCUUCCCCAUCAUUUUCCUGUUUGGGCUUGUACCUCAGGUCAACACCUUCCUCAUGUGUCUUCUGGAGCAGGUCGACAUGCACAUUUUUGGGGGAACGGCCACAACCAGCCCCCUGUCGUCCCUGUACAGCCUGUUACGCAGUGUGUUGGUGACCGCGCUGCUCUAUGGGUUCUGUCUUGGUGCUAUCAUUGCUCCCUGGGAACAUCCCCAUGUGCCAGUAGUGUUCUCUGUGUUCUGUGGUCUGCUCCUGGCCUUCUCCUACCACCUGAGCCGCCAAAGCAGCGACCCCAUCAUCCUGUGGUCUCUGGUCCGCUCCAAGUUCUUUCCUGAGCUGCUGGGUCGGACCCCUGAGGAGCCUCCUCUGGAGAUCAAAGACCCCCUGCCUGAGAAACUAUACAACUCUGUGAAAGAGAUGUUCCACUCUGACCUUGUCAUGUGUCCCCUCAUGGCUGUCAUCACGUUUGCCAUCAGUGCCAGCACUGUCUUCAUCGCUCUGCAGCCUGCUCUAAGUUACGUCCUGUACAUGGUGGCCGGGGGGGUGGGCUUCCUCACACACUACCUGCUGCCUCAGCUCCGCAAGCAGCUGCCCUGGUUCUGCCUGGCCCACCCUGUCCUCCGUUCUCGAGAGUACAGCCAGUUUGAGGUCCGCGAUGCCGCCCAGCUGAUGUGGUUUGAGAAGCUGUAUGCGUGGUUGCAGUGUUUGGAGAAGUAUUUAAUCUACCCGGCGGUGGUGCUCAACUCCCUCACUACAGAAGCCCAGCUUGUCAGCCAGAACCCAAUGAAACUGGACAUCUAUGGCCGUGCUCUGUUCAUCUCUCUGGCGGGGAUGAAGCUGCUGCGCUUGUCGUUCUGCGCCCCGUCCCUGCAGUACGUCACGCUGUGCUUCACCGCCCUCUUCUUCCUCUUCGACUACCCACACUUCUCAGAGACCUUCCUGCUCGACUAUUACCUCAUGUCGAUCCUCUUCAGCAAGCUCUGGGACCUGCUCUACAAGCUUCGUUUUGUUCUCACCUACAUCGCUCCCUGGCAGAUCACCUGGGGCUCCGCCUUCCACGCCUUCGCCCAGCCCUUCGCUGUGCCCCACUCAGCCAUGCUGUUUGUCCAGGCUGUGUUCUCUGCUCUCUUCACCACCCCCCUCAACCCUGUCCUGGGCAGUGCUGUGUUCGUCACCUCCUACACCAGGCCUGUCAAGUUCUGGGAGAGAGACUACAACACCAAGCGGGUUGAUCACUCCAACACUCGACUGGCCACCCAGCUGGACCGCAACCCAGGUGCUGAUGACAACAACCUGAACUCGAUCUUCUAUGAACACCUGACGCGCUCUUUGCAGCACAGCCUGUGUGGUGAUCUGCUGCUGGGCCGCUGGGGAAACUACACCACAGGAGACUGCUUCAUCCUGGCCUCCGACUACCUCAAUGCCCUGGUGCACAUCAUCGAGAUCGGCAACGGCCUGGUCACCUUCCAGCUGAGGGGGCUGGAGUUCAGGGGUACUUACUGCCAGCAGCGGGAGGUGGAGGCCAUCACCGAGGGGGUGGAGGAGGACGAGGGCUGCUGCUGCUGUGAGCCAGGCCACCUGCCUCACAUGCUCUCUUUUAACGCAGCGUUCGGCCAGCGCUGGCUGGCCUGGGAGGUGGCUGCCACCAAGUACGUCCUGGAGGGCUACAGCAUCAGCGACAACAACGCCGCCUCCAUGCUGCAGGUGUUCGACCUGCGCAAGAUCCUCAUCACCUACUACGUCAAGAGCAUUGUCUACUACGUCAGUCGAUCUCCUAAACUGGAGGAGUGGCUGGCCAAUGAGAUGGUGCAGGAGGCGCUGCGGCCCUGCCUAGGCCCCGCCUACGUGGACAGUGACCCGACCUUCAACCUGAACAUAGACGAAGACUACGACCACAGGGCCUCUGGCGUCACCCCCAGCUCCUUCUGUGUGGUCUACCUGGACUGGAUCCAGUACUGUAACAGCAGACGCCAGACGCCGGUGGAGGAGAGCGAGAGAGACUCUCCUCUGGUCACCCUGUGUUUUGGCCUGUGUGUCCUGGGGAGAAGGGCUCUGGGCACAGCCUCCCACAGUAUGUCUGCCAGCUUGGAGCCUUUUCUGUACGGCCUCCACGCCCUCUAAGGGGACUUCCGCAUCACCUCUCCCAGGGAUGAGUGGGUGUUUGCAGACAUGGACCUGCUGAACAGAGUGGUGGCGCCCGGGGUGCGCAUGUCCCUCAAACUGCACCAGGAUCACUUCACGUCUCCAGACGAGUACGAGGACCCGGUGGUUCUGUACGACGCCAUCACGGCCAACGAAGAGAACAUGGUGAUCAGCCACGAGGGCGACCCGGUGUGGCGCGGCGCCAUUCUGGCCAACAUGCCCUCGCUGCUGGCCCUGCGCCACGUCAUGGACGAUGGCAGCGACGAGUACAAGAUCAUCAUGCUCAACAAGAGGUUCCUCAGCUUCAGGGUCAUCAAGGUGAACAGGGAGUGUGUGCGUGGGCUGUGGGCGGGCCAGCAGCAGGAGCUGGUGUUCCUGCGGAACCGGAACCCAGAGCGUGGCAGCAUACAGAACGCCAAGCAGGCCCUGAGGAACAUGAUCAACUCGUCAUGUGACCAGCCCAUCGGCUACCCAAUCUACGUGUCGCCCCUCACCACCUCCUUCGCAGGCGGGCACACCCAGCUCCGCUCAGUCUGGGGGGGGCCUGUCAGCCCCCAUAACAUCUACGCCUGGCUCAUCAGCAGCUGGGACAGGUUACAGAAGGGUUGUGGAGCUGGCUGUAACAGUGGGGGAAAUAUUGAGGACUCUGACUGCGGCGGAGGCUCCACAGCCGUCUCCAACUACCCAUCGGCUCACACCACCCAGAGCACCCCGGCCUCCAGCCUUCCCCAGCCCCACUUCACCUACAUCCACCCCCCCAUGGGAACUGACAACCCUGUGGGCCCCACCCCCACCUGGCCCCACCACCCUCAGCCCCUCCCCUUGGCUCUGCUUAGCCAGUCAGAGGGCAGGAUGGACGCUGGGCUAGUUACUUCCCUCCACCGGACCUCAUCCAUCCAGGGUCUCCUGGGUCAGCACCUGUCCAGCUCACAGCUGUCCUUCAGCAGCUCUGUGGUCAUGGCUCCCCUGCCUGGCCCAGGCAGCUUCCUGGACGGAGGGCACAGAGGGUCCGGGUGGGCAGGACUGGGACAUGGCCUGCCCUACGAGGGUCUCUACGGGAAGUGGAGCAUGUCCGGCAGGAAGGGCUUCAACGGGCCAGCCGCAGCUGAGAGUGACGGUGGAGCUUCUCAGUUCAUUCGGACACAGUCUACUCCUCCUGCACUGCCGCCUGGGGCCAGCCCAACACAGCACCCCCUGGGGGUCACCCAGUCCACUGAAACCACGCCCCGGGGAGGAGUCCACCGAGCUGCCUUUACUUGAGCACCUGGGUUGAGUCUGCUCUGGAGAACCCAUGAGAACCCCUGCAGCCAAAGCACAGCACCACCAUGGCCAGUUCUAGAGUGGGCCUGACCGGACCUAUUCCAGCUUCCCAGAGUCAUUCCAAUGCUCUUCUCUCUCUCUCUCUCUCUCUCUCUAAAAGAGACUGGACUCUGAGGUCUGUUACGUCUCUGAUGGCAAAUCACAACAUCAACAUGUUUUGGAGUACAUUUCUUUUUGAACCUUUGCCAUGCUGGAUGGAUCUGAGGUCUAAAUAUGUUCCUGUUCUCCUCAGUGAACCACCACAAGGAUGCAUGUCAAAACUAAAUGUAUGCCCCCAUCCCACCAUUUCCCCUCCUAGGACAGGAUCUCUAUUUGAUAGGACCUAUUCCCUCAAGAGUUUCUGUAACAAUGGUAACCCUAGCAGGCCAAAAAGCCAGUGCAAUUGUAAGGGAGGUUUUUCCUUAUGUAAUGUUUAGUUGUUUUUAUUUGUUUAGUUCGUUUGUCUUCUCCUUCACCUGAGACCUACCAGCAACAGCAUAAUGACUCAGAACAGGGACCUGUAAUAUCCUUGUUGCUGUAUUUACAGGUGAAGCCAGAGUUACUACCAUAACAAGCCUUGUUCUUUACCCACACUGCCCAUCCAUGCUGCACCAACCUGCUGCUCCACUGUAGAACUAGUUCACGUUCACAACUGUGGGGAUAUCCACUCAAACUGCAAGGGUCACAUCAAAUGACUUGAACAGCUACAAUAUGACAGGGGUCGGCAACAGGCAGAUUUGAAACAUUUUAUGAGCAAAAAUAUAAAUAAUAUAUGUGUGUGUACGUUUUGGGUCAAAAGACUGUAAAAUCACCAGGAAUUCAGCAAAAAUAUAAAAAUAUUUAGGAAAUCUGUUCCCAAGUAUUCUCACAAAUAAAAAGUGUCAAUGUAAUUUUGUAUGACAUUAUUAUUUUCAAAUACAAAUUAUUAAAAUGAUUUUCUGCCAUUCUCUCUGACAAAAAUCAGUCCGUGGCUGAAUCUAGUUGCUUACCCCUGCCAUAUGACCAGUCAAUAUCAACUCCCCACAUCACUAGCAUAACACACACAUUCCAAAACUAAUCCAACACACUGCCUGUAAAAACAUCUUCAUACUCAUUUAGAUAUUUAUUAGAGGCACUUGACCACAAUCAACAAUCUCAAGUGUUCUGUCAAAGAGCUUGUUUCAGGGAUAAGACUCCUACCUUUCCCAACAUUUGGUGCUUUUUCCCAGUGGAGUUUACAGUCCUGUCAGGCCUGGACAAAAGUUCUGAAUUUGGGGAGGUUUAAUGAGAUGGGGUGGGGGGUGACUCUAGACAGCUGAUGGACCAGGACACAGAGAAUGAAAAGAGAAGAGAUGCUCACCAGGCAGGGACAUUGUUCAGACCACAGGAUUAUAAACUGGGAAUCUUCUUUCUAAAGCCUUUUAGAUUUUUGGGUCCUAUUUUUGGGGUGAGUGGAAUGUCUUUUUACUUUACUUGAAGAAUCACAACUUCCUCAGUGGCUAUAGGCCAGCCCACUGAGUUGCCCUAGUGACCAAAUGCUCCCUCCCUGACCUGAUCCAAUCAGCUGUGGACUCUAUGAAGUGGGAGGGGCUCAGACAGCUCUGUGUGGAAUAGCCACCAGCAAGAGGCCCUUCUGCUUUCCUUGGCUCCAGGCAGCUACUACUAAACUACAGCCCCUCCUGUUACUACUACUACACUUACAACUACUGUUUGUGCUACACAUACCUCCAGCGUUUUAGUUGGAAACCAAGUUAAAUAAAUACUGAAAAACAAAGAUGGCAUUUUAUUGGUUUUCUUGAUAACAUCUGGAAGACUGUUAAAAGGGUUUGUCUAUUUGACAUGCUGAUGUGAUACAGAAAUGUGGAGAUUGGACUUGCCUCUUAAUUGUAAUUUUUUGCCACGCGUUUGGUAUCAUUUGACAUGUUUCACUAAGGUGUGUAAUGUAACUGGAAGUAUUCCUGAGAAGUCACUUUAAAAUGUUUGCUCCCACUCCUGCAUUUGCCAUACCCUGCUUUAAGGGUCAAAUGAAGGCGUUGAUGUACUUCUGAGUAGUCCUGCUCCAAUGAUUUUCUCUCUCUACCCAGAGCACAUAUCAGACAAGCAGGCUGUCCAACUCUGUUCUGUCCUGAGAGCUAUAGGGUCUUACAGCACUACAGUAAUCCACAUGUCUGUCCCCUGGCCAGUUGUGACAAGUCUUUUAUAUCAAUGGUAGGGCUAUCUGGAAUAACCUUGUGCCAUGGUGUAAAGCUGGACCUAGAAGCCUUGUAUGCUCCUUUCCCCCCACCUAACCAUCUUAGUAGUUUGGCACCUUUUUAGUUAGACUGAACUGUCUACUAAACUUUCUCUUAGAUCUGUCCUUACAGGAUGGACAACUAAUAGGUGGAAAAGGGCAUUCACAUGGUCUCCCAUUGGGAAAGAAUGGGAGGCAGUGGAGGCUGCUGGGAGGAGCUAUAGGAGGACAGCCUCAUUGUAAUGGCUGGAAUGGGACCGUAUCAAACACAGGGAAACCACAUGUUUGACUCUAUUCCGUUCAUGCCAUUACAGUGAGCCUGUCCUAUAGCUCCUCUCACCAGCCUCCUCUGCAGUCAAGGUGAUUCCAUUCAGGCUUAGAACCAUCUUGAAACAUCUUAAGGACUUGGAACGAGCACUGUGCUAAUGUAGAUCUAGUCUCUUUGUUUGUCAGAUCAUUGGAUCUAACUCUGUCAUGGGGAUUGUUGAGGAGGAGCUGGCACCAACCAGAUGUUAACAUGUGUCCGCCCUAGACUUAGGAAAAGCAGAGCCAUUCUGAUCAGGGCCCUUUUCUGGUUCUCUUUUCCCCUAAUUCUCAGUGUAAUAUCCAAAGCAACAGGGAGUACUUUUAUUACUGGGAGAAAGGAAAGCACUGGACAGACCUGGGUGUCAAUAUUAAAAGGGAUUUCUUAAUCUCUGCCAUUUAUGUACAGCAUGUUUUGUAUAUAAAUAUACAUUUAAAAAAUAUAUAUAAAUCUAUUUUAUUAUUAGUGCAUUUCUGGUUCUUUUUCAUGGAAGACACUAUGUUGAGACUUAGGGGGUUCUCUCUUAUGUUUACCUCUCAGAAGAGAUCUGGCUCCUGGGUGGAAGGGCACUCUUCACAUUGAAUCAUGCAGUUUGGGGAGAAUUGAUUUCAUACAUACUUUGCACUAAUGCUGUAUACUAGUACACCAUCCCACAUGGUUUUUUUUUAAGUUAUUAUUUUAGUCAUUUGGAGGGAUGUUUUAUUUAAACUGUUCCGUUGACAUUUAAAGUUCUGUACAGUUUUAAAAAAAAAUGUAAUGUGAUUUUCCCCCACUCCCUAUUUAAAUUAAAGAUUUUUGUUUAAUCAUUUGCAAAUUAAA